GAGUAAUUUUGUCUUUGCAGGAGCACAAUUGUGUAGGAAAGCGAAAUGCAAUUUUCUUACUUAAUUUGUUGUUAAGAUAUGAAUGUUUUGCUUUUAUUUUCAGGAAAAACUGAAUGUUGAGUAACCAGAAGAGUACAUGUGCAUUCCUUAUGUAACCGAAUAAAGAAAAAAAAAAUCUAUCUGGAGGAAAUAUGGCACACAUUACCAUAAAUCAAUAUUUGCAACAGGUGCAAGAAGCUAUUGACUCUAAAAAUGGCUACAACUGUGCAGACCUAGUUUCAUUCAGACAUCCUCAUGUUGCAAAUGCUCGACUACAGUUGUCUUCACCAGAGGAAAAGUGUCAGCAGGUACUCGAACCACCUUAUGAUGAAAUGUUUGCAGCACACCUACGGUGCAUUAAUGCAGUGUCCAACCAUGACUUUGUUGAGGCAUACAAAUAUCAAACGCUUGUUGUGCAAUCUUUUCUGAAAAGCUUUCAAGCUCAUAAAGAAGAAAACUGGGCCUUGCCUAUUAUGUACUCCAUCACACUUGACUUAAGAAUAUUUGCUAACAAUGCUGACCAGCAGCUAGUGAAGAAGGGAAAAGGUAAAGUGGGAGAUAUGCUUGAAAAAGCUGCUGAACUCCUGAUGAGUUGCUUCAGAGUAUGUGCAAGUGAUACCCGUGCUUCUUUUGAGGAUUCCAAAAAAUGGGGAAUGUUAUUUCUUGUGAAUCAACUUUUCAAGAUUUAUUUCAAGAUCAGCAAGCUCCACCUAUGCAAACCUCUAAUCAGAGCAAUUGACAGUUCCAAUUUUAAGGAAGAAUACACCAUGGCACAAAGGGUCACAUACAAGUAUUAUGUUGGUCGGAAAUCCAUGUUUGACAGUGAUUUCAAGAAAGCUGAAGAGUAUUUAUCAUUUGCCUUUGAGCACUGUCACCGAUCCAGCCAGAAAAACAAGCGGAUGAUCCUUAUUUACUUAUUACCAGUGAAAAUGUUAUUGGGUCAUAUGCCAGCAAUUCAGCUGUUGAAAAAAUAUGAUCUGAUGCAGUUUGCCGAAGUAACAAAAGCUGUCAGUGAAGGCAACCUGCUGUUACUGACCGAGGCUUUGUCCAAGCAUGAGACCUUCUUUAUUCGUUGUGGUAUUUUUCUGAUACUAGAGAAUCUGAAGAUUAUCAGCUAUAGGAACCUCUUUAAAAAAGUGUACCUUCUACUAAAAACUCACCAACUUUCUUUGGAUGCAUUCUUAGUUGCACUGAAGUUUAUGGAAGUAGAAGACAUAGAUCUUGCCGAAGUUCAAUGUAUUAUAGCUAAUCUUAUUUAUAUGGGUCACAUUAAAGGCUAUAUAUCUCAUCAGCAUCAAAAGCUUGUGGUCAGCAAGCAAAAUCCUUUUCCACCUUUGUCCACAGUCUGCUAGCUUCUGCAGUUUUUAAAGAUGAAUUGAAUGCGAGAGAACUCCUAUUCUUUUGAAUAUCAUCAUUUAGAGAUAUCAGAUUUACCUUUUAUAAUGGCAACAACUUACUUUUUAUUCAAACUACUAAUAGCAAAAAGACAAAAGAUACUUUUUUAAAAGGGAUGAGAAAAAGGACACGCUCUUACAUUUUUUAACACCUUUUAUAAGGUCCCCAUUUUUGUAAUGCUGCAUGAUGUUCCAAAAUCAGCUGUAAUGCUUUCCAGUUCCAGUGACAUGAUAUAAACUAUAUGCCUUAUUGCCCGGGUGGGGAGAGUAAAGGUGUUCACUAGAUUGUACAUUAUUUUUCUGUGUAUAGAUUCUCCUGCUGAAUAAAGUAACUUUUUUUUGUAUUAA